UCACAAUUUUUUUGCUGUAUUUAUGAUAGGGAGUAGGAUAAGCUCGCAUUUCUUUGUCUGAAAAUUUUAUGGAGAUUUUGUGUUAAACAAGCCCGUGUGUUGGUGUUCUUGAUGGUGUCCGGUGACGAUUCAAAUGGUGGCCGUUUGUCGCGUAAAACUACGAGGUCCCCGAACCGUAAGUCCAAGAAGACAGAUGCAGACCUAGCAAAGGGGUCAGCGUUGCGAAAUGAUUCGCAACCUUCUGUCCAUAAAAGGAAUCUUUACGUCGUUUCUUUCCCAAUCAUCAUUCUGUUUAACGUGCUAAGAUCAAUUUUAUAUCAACUUUUUAUAAUUUUUAAAUAUUUGUAUACGGCGUCGCAUCGGUUCAUGCACAAGCCUCGUAAAGCGGGCGAGUGUAACUUGGAAGUGGUUGUGAAGGACGGUAUAGUGUCUACGGAGCUCGCCCCCAGCGAGGAGAUGUCUCACAUACACAAUGUGGGCCCCGGGGACCCACUGCUGGCCAAGCAGAAACAUCACCAUCGCAAAGCUUUUGAGUACAUAUCAAAGGCAUUGAAGAUUGAUGAGGAAAAUGAGGGACAAAAGGAACUAGCAAUAGAGCUUUACAAAAAAGGCAUUUAUGAGCUCGAACGAGGGAUCGCCGUCGACUGCUGGGGAGGCCGCGGCGACGCCUGGCAAAGAGCUCAACGACUUCACGACAAAAUGAAAACCAAUCUAGGCAUGGCCAAAGACAGACUACACUUCCUUGCCAACCUAGUCGCGCUCAGUAAGUUGGGCGUAGAGAGUGAGCCCGAACGGAGCGACAAAAAGCCGACGGAGUCGCCCCUAAAAGCGCGAAGGCUUGAGAAGUCCAAGACGACGUUACUCGCACAUACAGAAAGUAACAGUGGUCAAACGAAGCCUCCGAACGAAGUCGCAGGCCGAAAACUCACGACGGCUGGCCGACGGGUGCCAAGUGGGGGUGUUGGGGGCCCACUGAUGAAGUCUCAGACCCUGCCCCGGUCCAUGGGCAGGUCAUCAUCACAACCUAACAGCUCCAACGGGAGCUACAGCAGAUACCCUGUGAAGCCGGCAUCGACGCCACCGGCAGUCAAAAGACAACUUUCUAGCGCAUACCAGGUUCCUUCAAACGGGUCUCCAGUCCGGCGCGUGGUAGGCGGCGGGUCCCAGCGAGGGACUCCUACGAGGAGUAGGACCCCUCAACCAGCCCUCAGCGUGCGGGGGGUUGACCCCAAACUCGUCCAGCUCAUUUUGGACGAAAUCGUCGAAGGAGGUCCCAAAGUGCACUGGGAGGACAUCGCGGGACAAGAUGCAGCUAAGCAAGCAUUGCAAGAGAUGGUGGUGUUACCGUCUCUGAGGCCGGAACUCUUCACUGGACUGAGAUCACCGGCAAGAGGACUACUCCUCUUUGGACCACCAGGAAAUGGUAAAACUCUGCUAGCACGGUGCGUAGCAGCAGAAUGCUCAGCAACUUUCUUCUCCAUAUCGGCUGCGACCCUCACCAGCAAGUACGUGGGCGAGGGGGAGAAGAUGGUGCGAGCUCUCUUCCAGGUCGCCAGGGAACUGCAGCCCGCAAUAAUCUUCGUGGACGAAGUAGACUCGCUGCUAUGCGAGAGAUCGACGGGCGAGCACGAGGCGUCCCGGCGACUGAAGACCGAGUUCCUGGUGGAGUUCGACGGGUUACCGGCCGCGGGGGCCGACCGGCUGAUCGUGAUGGCCGCUACUAAUCGGCCGCAGGAGUUAGAUGAGGCUGCUUUGAGACGAUUCCCAAAGCGCGUGUACGUAUGCCUACCGGACGCUCGCACUCGCAUGUCGCUGAUCAAGCGCGUGCUAGCCCGCGGGGCGGCCGCCGCCUCCCUCAGCGAGGAGGAGCUGGCGCGGCUGGCGGCGCUGACCGACGGGUACUCCGGCAGCGACCUCACCGCGCUGUGCCGGGACGCCGCGCUCGGCCCCAUCAGAGAACUGGACCCUGAGGAAGUAAAAUGCUUAGACCUGUCUCUCGUGCGGCCGAUAACCUUCCAAGACUUCAUGGACGCGCUGAAGAGGAUCCGACCGUCGGUGUCUCCUCACAGUCUAGUGGCCUAUGAGAAGUGGUCCGUGCAAUAUGGGGAUCUUGGGCUAUGAAGCAUUUGUUAUACAGGUAUCGGUAAUUUACUCAGAAUAAUGGUGAGUCAUUAAAUUAAGGGAAUAGAGAAUAGAAUGUACGAUGUUGAUUUACAAAUUGAUAAUAUUUAUCACGCAAAUAUUCAUCGCUCAAAUUUUAUAUAAUCCUACUUUAAUGUCUUGACCACACUACACAGAUUAAAAAUAGAAGUAGCCAUAUUCCUUUUGGAUCUCCUUGAAUAAACACAUUCCCAGAAGUGUGGUCGGGGCAUUAUACCGGUUUCUUUACAAUUGACAUAUUAAAGUCACAUUUUAAUGUUGAAUCGCAUCUAGUCAAUUUUGACUGUUUUGCGUAAUCCACAGUCCAUUAAAGUAGAGAUGCCCAGUCGAUUAGUUUUAUCGAUGUUUGCCGUAAUCGAUUUUACGUGUAAUGUGAAACUUGCCAUGCAGUAUGUCAGUGUUGACGCUUUUAAUAUUGAGUAGUGUUAAAUAGAAAUAAUUGUUUUUAAUUUGUACCACAAUUUUAUUCAAAGAAUACAGCCCUUGAAUGUGUUAUGGGACUAAAUUAAAAAUUAUUAUUCUAAAUCCAAAUGUCCAAACUCCAUAGUCCUUAACGGGUGACGCCAAAUGAUAUAACCCGGCUCGUUAUAGAAGCCGCUUUCAAUGUAUAUAGAUGUAAAGGGAUCGCUUUGCUCCAAACGCUUCUGUAUCGAGGCGGGUUAUACCAGCCCUCUUAAUGCCCGUCCAGUCAAAAGGAAUGUUAGAAAGUGGUCUCUAUGUGAAGGACAGAAAGUUUAGUUUUCAUUAUCAUGCAUCCUUUUGGCUUGUUCGGCUUAGUUCCGCUUUGAACCCGAAGGACCAAAUAUAAAAUUGUGGAUAAUCUUGCCCACGAAUUAUGAUGAUAUUUCUUAUCGAAAAAUUAUUUUGCAAAACAGUAUGUUUUAAAAAUUGUACCGCAUUUCAUAAGUACUCGAUUUUAUAGGAAUGUAAUUAUGUACAGUUGCCCGCAUGACAUUGGUACUGGUGACAAAAGUUAUUUAAACAAAGCUGAUCUGUAUUUUACGUGAAUGUGUUUAUCUUCACGCGGUUGACUGUACUUCUAUAGUUCAAAAUACAUUACUACAAAAUAUAACACAAUAUCAUGAUGAAUUUUUGUUACCAUUUUUAUAGAAUAAAAUAUAUAAUCACAUUUAUUAUCAGCUGAACAAAAUGAAAUCGUUGUACAAAUUGAGUUUACCUUAUAGUAUUACCUCAUAAUUUUGUAUAUUUGAAUUAUUGCAAUUAAUUGUAUUGUAGCUUAAUGAAAUUUUUAUAUUUUAAUUGUGUUUUUUAUUGAGUAAAAUUAUCGACAACCUUUAUGUAGGUGUAGUGUGUAAGAAUGAAGUAAAUAUUAUUGCAAUAUGUAUAUGAUAUAAUAUACAUGUCACCAAAACCCGUAUUUUAGUAAGUAGCGAAACGCAUUUUUACAUACAGUACUUAUUACUUUUACUGCAUAAUAUCUAGUUUUAUUAUACUGUAAUCUCACUUGUGGUGAAAAAUAGAGAUCAUAACAAAAUACAGAUUCUUAAUUGUAUGAUCACCUCAGAUACAAUACGUAGAUCAAAUAUCGAUGAUUUAAAUAUAUUGAAACCCAUAUUGUAAGGUUAAAUGAUUUGUCAUAGGGUUGUCGAUAAGUCAAAAGUAGGUUAGUACAAAACACUGCCCAGUGUUCUUAGAUAAUCCUUAGUUUUCAAAUUAAUCAACUGUUUAUUAUUCAGGCUAGCAUAGUUUUGCGGUAUUUUAUUGAAUUCUACCGUAAAUCUCUAUCAGCCAAAAUAUAAAUUUCAUUUUAAAAUUGUUAUCAAAUGUACUUAAUUAAUCUAAUUCUGUUGAUUUUAUUAUUUUGUAUUUUAUCAAGAAAAUUAUCUUGCCGCAAUCGCGAAAUUAAAAUUAUGCUUUUCUAUAGUAUAUAAUAUGCUGCAAAUCUUAUGAAUGAUUAUAAUUUUUAUCGAUAAUCGAAAACGGGUAGCACAUCACUUCCUUAGCAGAUUGAAUUAGAAUCGUUUGCUCAAAAUGUUGUAAUGGUAACGAUGAUUUGAGCGUAUUGAAAUGAUAAUAUAUUUUCGUAAUAGUUUGUUACAAAUUGUCUAUCUCUUGGAUUGAAAGUUGUUUAAUGGAAAUUAUCAAUUACAGGACCACGCAGUUUGUAUGUAAUUGUAGAGUUGACAUAGUGCCAUGUAGUGAACGAAUCGUGUCGAACUAUCGAGACAUAGAGCAUAUAUGUGCAUUUUAAUAUGAAGUAAAUACACCGUUCUAUGUAUUAUGUCAAUAAUGUCUUGUCCUAGAAUAAUAAAUAAUUAAAUAAACUUUUAUAUCGACAAUUGUCUCGGUGGUUCUGCUUUGCCAGAAAAAUAAAUGUCGAGUUUGUCUUACACUACAAUACGCUUAAAACUAAACCAAAAUAUCACGUAUCUUCCAAAAGACUAAAUCACGAUAUGUGCUGUUAUUUUUCUGGCUGAGUGUUACUCAAACGAGGGAGUUACGGUUGAACUCUAACGUUGAAGAUAUAAGGUUUCUAUUCGCUUGUUCAUCGACUGUUUUCGUAUUGAGAAAAGCAAUUUAUUGGGUAUGUAUAAGAAUCUCAAUGUUUUUAUUUUAAUUCUAUCUUAAAUUUAAUAGAUUAUGAUCUCCAUGAUCUUUUUAGAUCUAUUUCUAUCAAUCGGACAGAUGCAAUAAGUUUUCAUACCGUAACUCCCUCGUAAACCCGAUAUACAACUUCUAAUAGAUAGGUAGACAUAUUUCAAACCAGAUUUAUUUAUUCAGCAAAUGGCUAGAUUUACUUUAUACCUAUUUAUUGCGGUUUAUUUUAAAGUGGUUUAUUAGAAGUUGUGUAUCGAGUAUUAGUUCAUCUCCGCUCCAUAUCGUGUUAGCCAAACGUUAAAUAGAUUUUGUAACGAUAGUAAACAGAUUUCCUAAAAAGACAGCGAUAUAGUGGUUAGUGCAGUUAUCGUAGCGUCUAUUUUAAAGUUAAUAUGUAGUUUUAGAUAAUGUAAUGUAGGUCCGCCCUGUGUUUAUGCUGAUGUUUCUGGUUUGGCGUGACUUUGGAUGCCUCGAAAGGGAAUUUUAGGAAGGGUGGGUAGCCGUACUGUUUUCUGCAAAAUCGAAAAUUUCAUUUUUAAUCUGUGAACGAAAAGGUUUUAUAUAAUAGAUUGUAUGAAAAUGAAGAGGUGAAUGCCAGAGAGACGAAACAUUGCGAUUUUUUGUAUCGGCCCCAAAACUUUGGGAAUUGCAAUAGUUGAUCUUUUCGAAGGUGUUAAGCAGCGCGAACGUUUUACUGUAUUCAAUCAGUAUAGCUUACAUAUAUAUAUAAUUUGAAUGAUAUAUGAUGAAAUAUAUAAUAUGAUCCUGUAGUGAUUUAUCAUUUUAAAAUAAAGGAUGAGACUAAGAGAACCAUAUCAGGAGGAAUAGAAAGCGGUCUACUCGACCGAAAACAUAUCCGGGAAGGAGUCGAUAGAACAGUUAUUUUGAGGUCAAAUUCAAAGUCACGCCACAACCCGCAGCCAUGUAGAUACGCCCCUUAAUAUAGUGUUACCUCUCCUAGUACUAAACUAGAUGGCAGUGAUUCAUUUUUGCUUCUUACACUUACUGUCCACUGACAUGGGUCAGCAUAAGAAUUGCAGAGAUAAGAUAUAUAAGUACUAUCGAAUAAACCGUCAGUUGCAGAAAGAUCCAUUAAAAUUAAAGCUUUAAAUCUAUUGCUAACACUUUUUAACUUGUCAAAAGAGACAGCAACCGAUUUAAAGAAUUUUUAUUUUUAAUGGAUCUGAUCUGAACUGAUGAAUACUCUCAUGAAAUGUCGUCAGUUCAAGUAUUUAGUUACGUUUUUAUGCUCACUCUUCAAAUCGUGUGAGCAUGUAGAAGUAAAAAAAUAUAGUGGAAGGAAUGACAAAAAUAUAGUGACUUUUGAAAAAAACACAUAUUUAUUUCUUGAACAUUUCAGUGGACAGAAGACAGUUUAGAUAGAAUAAUUCCUUGAAUCUUGAAACCCGUCAUACACUACUGGUAAACAAAAUAUAUGAACAGAAGGCGCGUUAAAAUACGUGUAUAGUAAGAGUAAUGUUUUAUAUGAAAUGGAUAUUAACAUGUGUGUGUAUGUAUUAUUAUUCGAAGGUGUAUUUAAGGAGUUUGUAAAGUAGGUCGCACAAUAUGUUUUUUCCCUGAGGCGUUGGCAGAAUGAAAUGCUUUGGCCACAAUCUCUAUGGCUUUUUGAUGGUCUGAUUGAAUUCGAAUUUUGAAUAUCUUUUUAAACGAAAUGGUACUAUUGAGUGUUAUUUUUUUUUUUUUUGUUAAGUGUGGAUCUCGUCAAUGUAAUGUCAUUUUUUAAAUAACUAUGGAGACGUGAAUAAUAUGUGUACUGGUUACGUUUUUAUGCACUGUAGUGUAUGUCGAGGUUUAUCCCUGAACUUUUUUUGUUAAUAAAAGAAAACUUUUUAAGGCAAGUGUGCAAGUAAAGUAAAAAUAACGUUGUGAUUCUUUUAAACAAUCGUUUUUGAUGUUUCGGUUGUAGUUUUCGGGAUUUUUGAAAAAUAAGUUUUUAAAUGCAACGUAUUAUAUGUUUCUUGUUUCUGUAUUCGUAAACUGUUUACUAGUUACGUUACGUUUUACGACAAUGUGAAGUUUGCAUAUUAAAAUUAAAUUAUGUAUCUUUUUAGAUCGCCAAAUGAGAACAAAUGAAUUAAACUAAAGUUAGCCAAAGCAAAAAAAUAUCGUUUAUUUUUUAAAGGGCACUUAUGUCAGUACUGAUGAAAUUUCUUGAAGGUCAUUCAAAUCUUUUCACUGAAUUAAUCGAUCCAGCUUUAAUUUUAGCAGAAAACAGCUUUAAUAUUUGCUACGCGAUACUAGUGAACAUCGAUAUUUUUCAAGAAUUUAUCGAUAAAACAACUCUAUAUCUAAACUUUUCUUUACUUUUAUUCCUUCUAUACUUUCUACCCCUAACGAAUUAAUAAAAAUUCUGUAUCGAUGUAAAAGCAUCACGUGCAUAAUCUGAUUUAAACUUAAAGCGAGAUAACUUUGUGAAUGAAACCCUGAAUACAAGGAAAAAGUAUUUCGUAUACAAUCUUAUCGGGAUAUUUCGAAAGUAUAUUUUUGCUGGCAGCACGCACAUUAUGACGUUUACACAAUUAAAAAAAAAAAACUUAUGAAUCAAACACCUUCUCAUUUUAUGAAUGGUAAAUAAUUUUAGGACGCUAGAUCGCUAGCUGGUUUUGGUUCGAAAUUAAAUCUUACCAGUGAGAAUUUUGAGUUCAGUCUCAUAUCUGUUGCAACAAAACCUAUUAAAAAAAAAGACAAAUUAUACGGCAGCAUGAAGCUGAAAUAUUUAAGUUGAAAUUUUGUGGUUUUAAGUUCUACUUGAUCAGGAAUCUAUUACAUGAUGAUAUAGGCAAUAUACGUACUAAAUAUUAUUUUGAAAUAACAUACAAUUAUAAAACAGAGGUUUUGUUACUAGAGAUAUUGCGUGAACUCAAAAUCUUGCAACUCUACCAAUCCUUAUGAACAAAAUGAAAUUCUUAUCAUCGUGCUUUGCAUCGCUGUGAUAUGAAUAAAACCCAAUGCCUUAUUUAUUUUAUGCGCACUAUUCUUAAUUACAAACUAUUGUUACGUCGACUUGCAAGCGUCUGUCUGUCACCCAGAGUGAAGAAAAAGUCGAAUAAAGGAUACUCAUUAUAAAGUUCGGUCAUUAUGAAGUCUGUCAUUAUAAACUUCGGUCAUUUUGAAGUCUGUCAUUAUAAAGUUCAGUCAUUAUGAGUCUGUCAUUAUAAACUUCGGCCAUUAUAAUGUCUGUCUUUAUAAAGUUCGGUCACUAUAAAGUUCGUUAUGAAGUCUGUCAUUAUAAAGUUGGUCGUGUCGGAUUAUGAGAUGAGAGUGAAGGAACAGUGAGUGCAUUUGUGUCUGCGCGAAAGCUUGUGCAUAUGUGUUAUAAUAUGUCCUGCGCAGCUGGCUGAUCUCCUUAUAUGAAUCGGCCCUGGACGUGUUAUUACAUUAUAUUUGACAUAAAAAAAAUCGAUAAUUAAAAAAGUUUAUAUAAACUUAAAUGAAACAAAUUAAAUUCAUUUUUCAAUUUAAUUUAUUAAUACUAGGGUGACAGACAGCCAUGAAAAAAAUAUUUAUUUCAAACAAAAUGAGCUUCGUAACAAAUAAGUAUCACGCGACUGAUUGUUACCUUAAAUAAAGAUAUUUCAAAAAUUAUUUCUUAAGUCGUUUUGAUGUGAUUGUUUUAUGAUAAGGUACAGUCAACUUCAGGUCAGUGGUAAUAGUUUCAUAGGAAAAUCGUACUUAUUACUAUUGAGUUAAGGUACGUGACAGUUACCACUAAUGUGCGGUUUACUGUACCUAUUGAUUGCAAGAACUGUAAGGUUCGCUUUUCGCUAAAUGUAAGAGACAAUGAAAUGUAACUGAAUUUAUUCAGGUUAUUCUACAUUUUUCUAAUUAUUCCGGCCUAUUUAUACAGUAAUGAUGUUUUAAGGUUGAAAUUGAUGUUUAUGUUUCGUUGUACGUACUGAACCCGUUUUAUGACAGCUGAGAUUUUUUUUCCAGUGCGAGAGAGAUGGAGCUAUACAAUACAAAUAGCACCGUCCCUUUUGCGCACUGGAUUACUACUGUCAUAAUACGGUUACAAAUUGGAUUGAAUCUCUUGUUUUAAGUGAAAUAAUGGUUUUUGUAAGUUAUGUUGUCGUUUCUAUAUAAAUAGGCCACUAUUCACCUAUUUAUUGCGAAUGGAAAUUCUAAAACGUGGUUGUAAUUGUUUUACACGUUCGCCUUUACGCUACUUGUUAUUUUUAAUUUAAGCGCACGAAUUUAUCAAUUUGACUAAAAUACUAAAACUUUGUUGGGAGUUGUACACACUUUGGGGCAGUCGACAUUUUCAUACACUCUUGUUUUUUUUUAAUCGAUUAUGAAACAAUAAAAUUAUUCUGAAAGUGUCCCAAAGUGUGUACAAAUCUUUAGUUAAGUGUCGUUGAGUGUUACAAGGGAAAAAAAUGAUGAUAUUUUUUCAUAAUUAAGCACACUUUCGCCUAAACUGUCGUGAAUGUUACACUAAGCAUAUGUGAUACCUACACGGUUUAUAAAUAAAUAAUAAUAAUUUGUGAAA